AUGCCAACAGUUAGAAUAGGACCAGAUUAUUACAAUCUCAAAAAGUACGCCGUCAACGACGAUAAGAGGCCUGCCUUCGUCAAUUCGUCUCAUUUCACAGGCUAUGUAACAGUCCGUCUUCAAAACUUCACCUGUAAGGGUGACCCGGAAGUCAUUAAAACAUCGUCGUACUUUGAGAAUCAUCGAAGGGUCUUCUCUUUCCAGUUUCAGGGACGUUUCAAAUCGUCAAAUACUAAGCAUGAGGAUGGUUUGUGGAGUUAUGAUGACGUCCUAUUUUGCGCAGAGACUGAGAAUGCCGUCAGUCCUCCAACGGGCUCAUCGCUUGUCGUAAAAUUUGCAAGGUAUAUUGAUCCAGGUUUUACGGCAGAUGGAAUGUUUUUGCAAAAACGUCCUUGGGCUGGAAGUUGGCUUGUCUGCGGCAUGAACGUAAUAAACGCUUGGCAAGCCGAGCUAGACGAAAAGUUAGGAACGACGAGAGUUGGCAUAGACGGUUCUCAAUAUGAGUUCAUACAAGAUGAGAAAACUGUAAACCCGGAAAAUGUGAGUCCUCGACAGUCGGAAAGGACAAAAGAUCCUUUAUUACCCAUAGGUCCCUGGGUAUAUUAUGGCCGUCAUCAUCUCGAAGAAGAUGCUAAACUGAUUCUUCCUGAAAAACCAAAAAUCAGUUCAAGUAAAAGGCGUCAUCACUUCCUUAACGCUAAAACACGUCAAUCCCAUUUCUUUAAUCCUGAUUUAGUCUAUGCUUUUGAUUUCUUCAACAACUUUACGAAUUUUUCGACUAUGCAGGCCGAUAUGUUUAUAAAAUUCAGCAUGUCGAAAGUUCUUCGUAAUCAACCCCUGCGAUUUGUUUGCCGAGAUAAAACAGGGGAGAGCAUUUUCUUUGUAAUAGAGAUAGAUUAUUCAGACCUAUUGUAG